AUAACAGACAAGCUGUGAAGGGUGAGACAAGGCUCAUGUCUUCUUCUUCAACUCCCUAAGUCUCAUCUCUCUCUCUCUCUCUCUCUCUCUCUCUCUCUCUCUCUCUCUAUACACUUUUUACCCUCAAAUUCAUUUUCACUAUCUUCAAUUCUUAUUCUCUUUUUCGUUUCAACCCAAAUCGAAUAAAUUUCCCCUUAUUUCUGGGUAUAUAUUCCUUUGUUCCAAAAGCCAUUCCUUCUUUUAGCUUUCCGAGAGAGAUGAUGAAUCCGAGUCAAGGAAGAGGACUCGGAUCGGGCGGUGGGACGAGCUCGUGUAGAAAGCAAGGAGGUGAAGCCGUGGUGGAGAUGUUUCCGUCGGGACUCAGAGUACUAGUGGUUGACGAUGACCCUACUUGUCUUAUGAUCUUAGAGAGGAUGCUCAGGACUUGUCUUUACGAAGUAACGAAAUGCAACAGAGCAGAGAUGGCAUUGUCUCUGCUCAGGAAGAACAAACACGGAUUCGAUAUUGUCAUCAGCGACGUUCACAUGCCUGACAUGGACGGCUUCAAGCUCCUUGAACAUGUCGGUCUCGAGAUGGACUUACCCGUUAUCAUGAUGUCUGCGGAUGAUUCAAAGAGCGUGGUUCUAAAAGGAGUAACGCACGGUGCGGUUGAUUAUCUCAUCAAACCGGUACGCAUGGAGGCACUUAAAAACAUAUGGCAGCACGUUGUUCGUAAGAGGAGGAGCGAGUGGAGCGUACCGGAACAUUCCGGUAGCAUCGAGGAGUCCGGACAGCAGCAGCAGCAGCAGCAGAGAGGAGGUCCAGGUGUUUCUGGUGGAGAGGAUGCGGUGGAUGAUAACGCUUCCUCUGUCAACAACGAAGGGAACAACAACAACUGGAGGAGCAGCAGCAACAACUCGCGGAAACGGAAAGAAGAAGAAGGGGAAGAGCAAGGGGACGAAGAUGCUUCCAAUCUGAAGAAACCGCGUGUUGUCUGGUCUGUUGAAUUGCAUCAGCAGUUUGUUGCUGCUGUUAAUCAGCUCGGUGUUGAAAAGGCUGUUCCUAAGAAGAUCUUAGAGCUUAUGAAUGUUGCUGGUCUAACCCGGGAGAACGUCGCCAGUCACCUCCAGAAAUAUAGGAUAUAUCUAAGACGGCUUGGAGGAGUCUCGCAGCACCAAGGCAACUUAAACAACUCGUUUAUGACGGGUCAGGACGCGAGCUUCGGUCCUCUUUCUUCGUUAAACGGGUUUGAUCUUCAAGCGUUAGCAGUCGCAGGUCAGCUUCCUGCUCAGAGCCUUGCGCAGCUUCAAGCGGCUGGUUUAGGCCGGCCUACUGCUGCGAUGGUCUCGAAGUCAGGGUUGCCUGUUUCCUCCGUGGUGGACGAGAGAAGCAUCUUCAGCUUCGACAACUCGAAACCAAGAUUCGGAGAUGGGAUUAUUGGUCAUCAUCAUCAAACACAACAUCAACCGCAGAUGAACUUGCUUCACGGUGUUCCCACGGGUAUGGAACCGAGACAGCUCGCGGGUUUGCAGCAGCUCCCUGUUGGUAAUAAUAAUCGAAUGAGCAUUCAGCAACAGAUCGCUGCUGUUAGAGCUGGACAUAGCGUUCAGAACAACAGCGGCAUGAUGAUGAUGCCUCAGCAGCAGCCAUUCCCGAGAGGGCCAUCCAUCAUCAGGCAGCCGAUGUUACAGAACCGCAUAACCGAGAGAAGUGGCUUCUCGGGAAGGAGCAGUGUUGUUCCCGAGAGCAGCAGCCGUGUGUUACCUACAAGUUACACCAACCUCAGAACACAACAACAACACUCAUCAACCUCCGUAGCCUUCAGCAACUUCCAACAAGAACUCCCCGUGAACAGCUUCCCGCUGGCUAGUGCACCAGGCUUAGCUCAGAUUCGGAAACCACAUUCUUCUUCUUCUUCUUCUUACCAAGAAGAGGUUAACAGCUCGGAACCAGGUUUCACUACCACCCCUAGCUACGACAUGUUCUCCACCAACAACAGACAUAACGACUGGGAUCUGCGGAGUAUCGCUUUCGACGCGCAUCAGGACGCAGAAUCCAUAGCCUUCUCCAACUCAGAAGCCUUCUCUUCUUCUUCCAUGUCAAGAAACAACAACAACACAACGGUUGCUGCAGCCACGGAUCUUGUCCGGAGCCAGCAGCAAACACCGACAGGCAUGGUAACGCAUCAUCAGGUCUAUGGUAGCGGAGGAGGCAGUUCAGUGAGGGUGAAGUCGGAGAGAGUUGCGGCAGAUACAGCAGCGAUGACGUUCCAGGAGCAGUAUAGUAAUCAAGAAGAUCUUAUGAGUGCACUUCUUAAGCAGGAAGGAGUUGCGCCGGUUGUUGUUGAUACCGAGUUCGACUUUGACGCAUAUUCAAUCGAUGAUAUCCCGGUUUGAUUGGAUUAAAAGCUGAUUAAAACCGAAGGGAGAGAGGGAUUUGUAAUGUAUCAUAUUACACGACCAUCUGCUAAUUUACACUAAAAACAUCGUUGGUGAAAUUUGUUUCAUAUAUUUUUUUUUGUGUAUAAUCUGCUUGAAAUUUUAAAGGCAGAUUAUAUUUGUUUGUAUUAUUAUUGUUAAUUACUUUGUAGAAGUUAAUGUAUUACUACUCUCUACUUAAUGCACAGGAAAAUGCUCUUUGAGUCA